AUGAAUUAUUAUGAAAAUACUAUUGCUGAUAAUAUUCAUAACUUAAUAACAUAUCCUACAGAUGAUAAAAUGCAUUUGGUUAUUCAUAAAGCACAUGAACAAGCAAGUGUAUUUGCUAAAGUUCUUGAAUUUAUCGAGUAUAAAAAUCUUUUUUAUGAUAGAAUUUUUAUUUCACAUAUGUUAGCUUAUGAAAGUGAUUUAUUAAAUGUUGAUUUAAAUCAAGAUGACGAUGGAUUAGAAAAAAUUAAUAAAGUUGAUUGUGAAUUAAAUGAAAUUAGCAAGGCUGCGGAGUUGGUUAACACAUAUAAUAUGGAAAAAAUUGAUGAUUUAGAGCAGAGUCAAAUAAAAAUAAGAAUAGAUUUUAUCUAUAAUCAAUCAGAUAAAAAAUUUAUUCAAGAGAGUAGUGAAUAUUUCAAACAGCACAUGAUUCAACUUUAA